AUGGUGGAAAACAUUUUUCUGCAUGAAAAUUAAGUCGCGUAGUAUUUUUUAUAAAGUGUUCGAUUUCUUUUUAGAUUUACAGUUCCAGAAAUUUUGGAUCUACAUGGACUGAACGAGCAAAAAAUGUCACUUCUUAUUUUUGGUAUGUCUCUCUCAAUACAAUGUACAUAAAAUAUACUUUUUUGUGGUAUCAAUGACCAAGAAUAAGGCUUAAUAUUUUUUUAUUAAAAACGACGUUUUUGGAGUUUACUCCAUCAUCAGGUUAAAAGACUACAAUAUAUUGCAACAACAUUAAUUCGUCAUUAAUUUUCGGCAAAACCUGAAAUCAGCCCGAUUGAUCCCAGGUUGCGGCCGUUGCUCGCUCCCGUAUGGGGUACGUGGCGUGUUCGAGAAACCUGGUGUUGAAGUUGGAGCUGUCAUUGGAGUGGUGUCUACUGUUAUUUGGGUUGCAAAAUCCAAGAUAUUUAGCUGUUUAAGAGCAAUAUUAAGACAAUAUAUUGUAGUCUUUUAAUGAACGUGAUGACUGAGUACACUCCAAAAAGCCUCAGUCUUGCUCAUUAAAGGGAUAUGGCAAUAAACGUUUGUCUUAUUUGAAAGAACUUUAAAAGUGAAAUAUGAAAACCCUUUACACCUUUUUCGUACCUUGCUUAGUUUUCGAAAUAUUUUGACCAAAAACAGUGUGCGCAGUCCGCCAUCUUGGAAUUAUAAUUGACCUAAUUAACUUUUGAUGGCGUCACAAGUAGAGUAAACUUGUUAAAACUUUUUCAUGUGAGACUAAAUUUCUUCGAAAAGUUUCUUAAAAUGUUGUGAGUUAAUUGAGUUCUAAAUAUACUUCGGAAAAUCGAGUUUCGUAUUGAUAAUAAUAUGUGGUUUGCAAGAUAAAAAUUUCGCUUUUUACCCUACUUGUGACGUAUGCAUAUCGAAUGUAUAUCCAAGAUGGUGGAAUGCACGCUGCUUUUGAUCAAAAUAAGUCUAUUUAUUUCGAAAACCAAGCAAGAUACGGAAUAAUAAUACAACUAUUGGGUAUUGGUCCUAUACCAGUUUGACCUUUCAAAUCUCUGAAAGCGAAACACUAAAUCAAAAGGAUUCUUAUUUGUAUUUACUAAUUUUGAUAUAUUUAAUAAUCUGAAAAGCGUAGACACCAAAUGAAUGUGGGUAUUACUAAAAAUGUAAAAAAAAACCCAAAUAAAACCGAUUGCGCCUUAUCGCCCGCGCGCCUAUAUUCCGCCCGAUUCUCCCUUUUAGUGGAGAAAUUGAAAGCACUCUUUAUGCGAUAGAAGCGUAAUAACUGCAUAUACUGAAGGAAUCAAAUACUAGUAACAUGCAUGAGAUGAUAAGAACGAGCCAAUGACAAAACUUAGUUAACUCACUAGUUUAUUGUAUGUGUUUCCAGGGGAAUUGAAGAUCUGGAUACAGAUGAUGUCAUCUAUUUGCAGAUAGACGAUGGUAAGGACUAAGUCUUGAGAACCAGAACCAACCGGCAGUUUUACUACUAGGGUAAAAACCCAACCAACUAUAUAAUUCUUAUUAGCAUAUACUCGGGAGGUGGAUAGUGCUUUUCACGCAAUUGAUUUCAGCUCCAAAUAUCCUUGCACUAUUAAUUUAUAUAUAUUGGCUAAAUCCAUCUGAUUGUUUAUGUUUAUUACGUGAUAUCGAAGUUUGUUAAAUCAAUAUCCGACUAUUUUAAUUAGUUCAGAUAUUUUACUGAUUCUCAUUGUUCCAGUCAAUUAGUCUUUCUCACGUCGCCAUUUUUGGGUGGCAUCCUUUUUAGAACUGGGAUAGUGAGCAGUGAAAAUGAAACUUCCUAUAACUAUACUUGUACUGUUAGUAUAAUUAGUUUUUUCACACUUUUUUUCUUGUAUCUAUGAUUCUUGCUUAAUUGUGGUGACAUUUACUGACUAGUUUCUAUGUGCAUGCCAAUCAAGACCCACAUAAUGGCCUUUAAGGUGAAAACUGGGAUAAUUUUACGUUUUAGGGAACGGCACUUCGCACAUUAUGCGUGGUCAUUGGGAUCAUAAACACUACCUCGCUAAGCCAGUGAUUGAAAAUGUCAUUGAUUUUGAAAUCCAGGAUGUAUACUUGUUUGCAACCAAGAAGGUAAGAAAUGGUUAGUAUAGGUAAUAGCAUGGUUUCGAGAGCAAUUUGGAUAUAACAUGCACGAGUGAGUUUUUCAAAGACCUCAAAAUAGCACGAGUCCGAAGGACGAGUGCUAUUUGAGGUCUUUGAAAAACUCACGAGUGCAUGUUUAUCCAAAUUUCACGAGAAACCAUGCUAUUACUUGUUAAUAAUUUACAUAAAAAUGUUCGAGACAAUUGUAGUUUUAACUUACGCGUUUUUAGCGAACAUUCCACUGGCAAAGUUUUCCUGGCUUUUUUAUAUCACAUUGUACAACGCUAACAGCUUGAAAAUUCCACUCAACUAUGUAAUUUUUGUUAGUCUUGUUUAAGGUAAAUGCUUUUCCAUUUAAAAAUAAAGAUAAAAGCCAUAUUUUCCACGCGAAGGCAACUUUUACUUUGUAUACCGCGGCGCCAUGUUUGUUUUGUUUUGAAGCAAUCUGUGACCGUUACUUCUUUGAACUAAAUUGCUUUAAACUGAUUGGUUGAUUUAAUCAUCACAAUGUUUUUCCACCAAUCAGAUCAGUUUGUUACAGAUUUUUGCACUGUGAUUACAGAAAAUUGCACUGUGAUCACAGAAAAUUGCACUGUGAUUACAGAAAAUUGCACUGUGAUUACAGAAAAUUGCACUGUGAUUACAGAAAAUUGCACUGUGAUUACAGAAAAUUGCACUGUGAUUACAGAAAAUUGCACUGCUGUUUGGGAUUAACUGCACUCGCAGUCGAGUAAUAUCUUUAUAUAUAUUAUUAAAACUGUUAUACAUUCGACUUAAUAGGCUAUCAAUUAUUUAUAUAUUAUGUUAUUUAUUUAAAUGCUACGUUAUACCUUUGUCCUGUUCUGUGCUCACAUUAUCAUGUGCAUGGUAACUAUAUGCAUAUGCGUUUUUGAUUGCGUGAAUUAAGUAGCAACCGGUUUACCUGAAUGUGUCUAUAUUGUCAUUGUCUUGUGUAACAAAUUCUCAAGAAACAAUUUUGAAAUAAAUUUGUAGAAAAGUAUUUGUAAGAGUUUUCAUUGUUAUUAUCGUAUUAACGAUUUCAUUUUAAGAACCAAAAAUAUGCAAAAGAGGAAAAUAUAUAUUGAAGCCCAAAAAAACAUAGACCCAGUGGGUGCGAUGGGGGGGGGGGGGAGCACAAAUUAAAUGUAUCUUACUUUUAAAUAUUUGAUACAUUCUGACACUUUGAAUUGAAUAAGCAAAUGGGGAUUUAUAUUUUAUAUAAUUAUUAAAUUAUAUUUAUUCAGCAUAUCUGUAUUUAAUGGUAAGCAAGAAAGUACUAGAUGCACUUAGCUAACCCUUAGCGUUGCUAAGGGUUAGUGUUACACCAGGGCAUUGCAGGCUCAAAUUCAUGCUGGCGGCCAUUGUAUGGACUGAGUAAAUCAGUCAAUUUGGAAUAUUUUGCAAUCCAUGAUACUCGAAGAAGGGUUUGCUAAUUGCUACACUGUAUUUUCUACGUUUUUUUUAAUAUCUGCAUAUUUUUUAGAGUAACAAUGGUAUUGAUCUUUAUGUUGGGUACCAUUACCAUGACAUAUCGAAGGCUGAAUUUCCAAAUACUUUGAGAACGGAGGUAAGUAAGAUUAGAUCUUUACGUGUGACGCUCGAUUUUCUGUUACCAUACGUAGAAACUGCAGUUUUACGAACAGUUCAUCUAGAUUUGUUUCAUAUUUAUACACGCUUGCGCUUCCGGAAAGUAUGCCACCUUGAAAAAAGAGCCUCGUUCAUCGUGAUCACUACAUUUGUCUAUUUGUAAGUCUAUAUAAAAAUACCGCAUUAGGAAUAAACUAAAAAGUAAGACAGACCGUGACUUAAACCAGAGAAGUUGCAAACGACCUCCUCCUCCAUGAUUCAACAUAAUGUUAUACACGAUCUACUGUUUAUACAGUUGAAGACAUACUUCAAAGUGAUAUGUAAAUUAGUAUGGAAGUAGUGAAACCACGGAAGGUAUUUGGCACUCUUCUGCUUUUACAAAAUUCCAUCUUUGGGUAUUUAUAGACAAGCUUCCUAUUUGAGCUAUCUUGCCAACCGUGCAGCUUGUUUUGGACGUGCAGUGUUUUAAUUCCAUUUCAGAAUCAUCCUUAGAGAUAUGAAAAACUGAAGAAUUAAUAUGGAACAGUCUUUCAUGUCUUUUAUUUGUAUCUUGACAGCUUGACUUUCAGUACCUAGGAUCUUACUCCAGGUUUAUUAUUAUUGAACUCUCUAACUUACAGAUGGGAAUUGGGAAAUUGCCAUUUUCCUCCUACAUGAAAAGCCAUAACCUUUCUAGUAGUGUUCACCGAAAUUUUCAGUCGAUUAUACUGUAUUUCGAAGGCUGUUAUACGCACACUUUGCGGCCAAAUUGAUAACGACAUUUUUGAAAAGAAGACGUAUUAAAACAAGCCUCUACUACAAGAUCAUGGCGUGCAAUAAUGGUGUAGGACGAUAUAGCAAGCAUGUGCAAACAAUUUAUCUCGUUGUUAAAUCUACAACUCUCUAAAAUCGAAAGAAAGGAGGGCAGCUAUACUUUCGAAAUUUUCGGGAUUCUACGACAUUUAGCCUUGCUGGAUAAAAUUCUGAAUUACUUGUUUCUCACUUGUUAAAAAAGUAAUUUAAUUUUUGUUUAGGAUUAUGUUAUUGCUGAUGCAAGUGAGGGUCAAGUUUUUGUAGCCGUGAACCACAACAAAAAUACAUCACAUUUAUACAUAUCUGACGUAAAUGGUAAAAAAUACACAUUAUCCAUGGAAAGAGUUCUCCUUUAUUCUCCCAAUCUGCAACAGCAUUCCUGGUUAAGGUAUGCAGUUAUGUGA